AUGUCUCAGCAGAAAUUUGCAUUGAUUACGGGUGCUUCGUCAGGUAUUGGAUAUGCCUUGGCUAAAGAGUUUUCUUUACGUGGAUACAAGGUUAUUGGGUGUUCUCCUAAACUGGUUUUGCAUUUGCAAAAGCCAUUAGAGGACGAGUAUGGUUUAAUAUCCAUUGCAUGUGAUAUCACCAAUUUGGAAGACAUUAAACGAGUUAAAGAGCUUGUUAUAAAAGAAACAGGUGGGUACUUAGACAUUUUGUACAAUAAUGCUGGUAUUGCUAUUGGCCAGCCCGCUAUUGAGAUCCCUGAAGAUAAGUUGAAUUGGAUAUUUCAAGUUAAUGUCAUUGGACAUAUUAACAUGACAAAACAUUUUGCUCCUAUGGUUAUCAAGUCUAAAGGGUCGAUAAUUUUCACAAGUUCAGUUGCUGCAAGAGUUCCAUUGUCGUGGGUUUCUGCUUAUAGUGCAACCAAAGCAGCAAUCGAUGCUUAUGCCAAGACAUUGCAUGGGGAAAUGGAGCCAUUUGGAGUCAAAGUUCAUAGUGUGAUCACUGGAGGCGUUCAAACUCAAAUUGGGGCGGAAGAGAAUAAUAUCGAAGAAAUGAAAACCCAAUUUGCCGAUUCCCCAUUCAAUGUGGAUGGGAUAAUAGAGAGUGGUAUGGCUUCUCAAAGAAUGGCUGUGGAUUUGGGUAUCCCUCCCCAGAAAUAUGCCAAAAAUAUGGUUGGUCAAAUUACCAAAAAAUCUAGCAAAUUCAAUCUUUAUGGAGGAUCGAAUUCCUAUAUUUUACAUAUUCUUGGUCUUUUUUAUCCAUUUUGGUUGGUUGAAUACAUUAUGCAGUUCACGUUUAAACAAUUAAAACCUUUUGCACUUAUUAGAAAGAAAUACGCUGGUAAGAAGAAUAGAUAA